GAGAAAAACGAAGGGGCCAUGCCCUGCUGGGUAAUUGGGCUUGGUAAUAUUGCGGCCCACUUAAGGGCAGAUGCACGAAUCGAUCGACCCGAACCGCCGAAAUAGCGUGGAAAAGAAGCAGACUGGUCGGUUGGUUCUAGGGCACGAUUUAUUCUCGAAUCUGACCGACCAAGAUCCUUCGCAACUUUUGUUCGCUCGCUAGACAAAGAAGCUUCCUCCAAUCUUGCUCGAUUUCCCUCCAAAGCUCCCAGAUUUUCCGACUCCCGCCUCCCUUGCCGCCAUGACGAAGCACCACCGCCCUAGCCGCCUGCGCCGCAUCCUCACCGCCGCCGGGGCUGCUACCGUCGCUGGUCUUGUGCUUUUCUCCGGGCGCCAGGCGGUACUCUCCAAAACCCCCGUCUUCUCGCCGGGCCUGUUCUCCGGCGGCCUCGCCGUCGAGAGCUGGCCGAUGCCUCAGGAGCUGCUUCGCCCGCCGACCUUCCUGUUUCCACACCCGUCGGAAGCCGACAUCGAUUUUGCCCUCCCGCGUCGCCUCUUGCCGCUCCGCCCCCACUCGCCGCCGCAGCACGACGCGGACGCCGUCUUCCUCCCUGAUGAAUCUGAUGCCGCGGUCUUCCCUGAUUCCGAUGCCGUCCUGCUCCCUGACUCCGAGGUCCUGGUCCUGGCCGACGAGCCUGUGGACGACGCGAUCUGUGCCUUCCAAGGUGGUGCGUCGUCCCCGGCGCGUGCUCUCGGGACGCUGCCAGGGCCCGGACGCCAAGCCUACCUCUGCGCCAUGCCUGAAACAGAGCAGAGUAUCCAGCCGCUCCAAGCGCCCCUGCUGCUUUCCUCCUCCUCCGCUGAUGCCCCCGCCGCUGCCGCUGCUGAUUUCCCUGCCCGUCCGAUGCUCAACUGGAGCAACCGCCUAGUCUUCGACUCUGCUGUUCUCGACGGAGGCGAUGUGCUUGUCUUCGCGAAAGGUGUCAUCCGCCGCCAGUGGGCAAACACAGCCAAUCCCCCCGUCCAGUGUGUGUACCGUGGCCAUGAUGAUGGCGUGUCGGUCUCCCUCCCAGCCAUCACUGCGGCGCAACAAGUAGCAAGGUGCCCCCCUCCACCGGCUCUUCUUACUUCCAGCAACACCCAGCUCCGGGUCACAUUGUCUGUCACCGGCGAGGAGCCCAUCCCCUCCCUUGCGAUAUACCGUCCACAAAAAAGUCACCUUGCAGCAGUAGCGCCACCUACCAGAAACAAUAUCUGUGCCUGCACAAUGGUGCGCAAUGUCUCAAAGUUCCUUCGCGAGUGGGUACUGUACCAUGACGCUCUGGGCGUCGACCAGUUUUUCUUGUACGACAAUGGAAGCGAGGAUAAUUUGGCGGGUAAGGUGGCCGACUUGAGGUCCACAGGAGUCAACAUUUCCACCGUGGCCUGGCCUUGGACCAAAACGCAGGAAGCUGGUCUUUCCCACUGCGCUGCAGUGCACCAAGCAUCGUGCCAGUGGAUGGCAUUCGUUGAUGUCGAUGAGUUCAUCUUUUCUCCGGACUGGAAAAAUUUAGAGACUCCCUCAAAGUCCAUGCUUGAAGCACUUGUCUCGGUUGAUCCACAGAUUGGGCAGAUCUAUCUCCCCUGCUUUGAUUUUGGUCCCUCGGGUCAAACAGCACAUCCGCAGGAAGGUGUUUGUCAGGGCUAUACUUGUCGGUUGAAGACCCAGCAGCGCCACAAGUCCUUCGUCCGUCUUGACGCAGUGGAACCUUCCCUGCAGAACUCUGUACACCACUUCUCGCUCAGAUCUGGUUUCACUAACAUGUGGACCAGGCUGGCGCGCAUCAACCACUACAAAUAUCAAGCGUGGACAGAGUUCAAGUUGAAGUUCAAAAGGCGUGUUUCUGCAUAUGUAGCUGACUGGACUGAUCCGGUGAACCUAAAGUCCAGCGACCGUGCUCCUGGUUUAGGAGUUGAAGCUGUCGAACCACCUGGUUGGGCUGACAAGUUUUGUGAGGUAAAGGAUACUGUUAUGCAGGAAUUGAGUGUAAGAUGGUUCGGUACUGGAUUCGGAGGCCAUGGAUCAUCCAAGUCGAAGGGUUCCCAUGAAACCCACACCGGUGAUGUUGCCCUCUCCCCCUCUCUUCCAUAGUUUAAAGUAAUAAAACAUUAACCAAACACUCAACUUGCCAAAAAAAAAAGAUAGCCCUUAAAUUGAAUAGUAUACAUAUUUUUUGCAAAAUAUUUGUUUGUUCAACUUAAAAUUUUCGUUUUUAGGGUGUUCUGUUUCAGGAUCCUCUGGAAACUCCUAUUUAAUGUUUCUAGAUGCUUUUAUUUAGGUUUCCAGUAAUGUUGGUACGCCAUGUUCUUCUUUUUGUAGGUCUGUAGUAUUCAAUGCAUCUAAAGAUCCAUCAUUUUAUCAUCUCCUGUCACAUGUUAGCAGAAUUUAUCUGUGAUAUAGACGCUUCAAUGUAUUUCAUCAGGUUAUUGCGUUAGUUCUUGCAGGUUCUUGGCGCGCUUCUGUUGGCGCUGGCUGUUCUUCUGGGUGCAGGUGCGUUUUGGGGGCGUUGGUAGCUGCUGUUGCUGAAUUUCUGUUUUUAGGAGGAACUGCCAUUGUCAGGGAGCGAAGCAUCCCACAUGAGCUUCUUUGUUCAGGCAUCGGUACACACAGGAAUUAAAAGUUACAAACAACGUGCAGGGUGGUGGCAAGGAGCUCUUGCAGCCUCCAAGGUGAUUGCACUAUCGUACUUUAUCUACUUUGUUUCUUCAGUAGUACACAAACCAAACUAAAACUUAUAAUGUUACUUAUUUUGAUGUCAAAUUGGUCGAGCUAUCUCUCUUUAGGAUGACCAAGUUUAUGGUUUUUUAACAUUUGCUACGCUAAUUGAUCAUUGUUUUUCUCAAUCUGCAAAUUCUGAGGAUUAAAACUGGGAGUGGCACUGCGAUGACGACGGACACGAAGGCCGGUAGCCGGUAGGAAGGAGGUGGUUUGACUCCCACGGAUUACCCAUGAUGUCUGGAGGUGAGAAAAGAUCUACUGUGAUGUCGAACUCUGGCGUGCCAUGAUGGCACCAGUUAUGACCGCAGGCUCCCAGGUGAUCGCACUAUCGUACUUUCUCUAUUUAGUUUACCCAAACCAAUUUAAAACUGAUGAACUUACUCAUUUUGAUGUGAAAAUUGAUCGAGGUACCUCUCUUUAGGAUGACCAAAUUUACGGGUUGUUUAACAUUUGGUAUGUGUAUUGACCAUUGUUAUCCUCCAUCUGCAAAUUCGGCUCGUUGGCUCUCUGCUACUCCAGUUUUCGGCGGCCAUGGGGUUGGUGAUUGAUUAACUUCCAUAAAAGCACCAUCGUGCAGUUGCCACCGACUAUAACCUUGACAUCCAAGAGAUUCUGGGCUGCCGUGUCGAGCGUUUCCCGCAGAUCUACCUGGGGCUGCAACUGUCAGCUGAGAAGCUUCACCCUGGCUACCUUCUCACUGCUGAUCGCACUUUUGAUCAACUUAGUGCUUGAUGCCCUUGCGAACUACGCCAUGCACAUAGCGUUCCUCCCUCCCGCGCUGCUGCACAUCCUCGAAGGACUGCCCCGCGACUUUCUGUGUAACGCUCUGGAUCAUCCCUCUGGAGCCAAGUGCCUGGUAGCCUGGCAGCAGGUGUGCCUUUCCAAAGAGGAAGGCCGCCUGUGCAUUUGCUGUCUCUUCAAGCAAAACCGGUCCCUGAAGGUGAAGCUGCUACACACCGGCGCUCUGACAGCGUUCUGCCGUGGUCGAGGUUGUUGUGGGGAAUGUCGGCUUGCCCCAUUGUCCCCAUGAAGCGUCCUUCCAUGCCAGGCAUGCACUGGAAGCGCCUGGUCGAGCUCAUGCCGUUCUACUGGAAUAUCUCGGCUGUCUGCAUUGGCGAUAGCCACACACCUUGUUCUGGCUCGACACCUGGCUCGCCGGUGGUGUGAUCAAGCCACAGUGCUACGCGCUGUUCACCCAUGCCGUGAACGCAGGGGCCAGCAUGCGCUCUGUAUUGCAGGCUGGCCUUGCCGGGGCUCAGGUCCCUGCCUCACGGCUGUCGCCGCUCGGGAGCGCGCCGAGCUUGCGCACGUUUCCCGCUCGGACAUGGAUGACACAAGGUCUCUGGUGCGCUGGUCAAAAGCUAAAGGCAGCACAUCAUCUUCAGAUGCAGCCUUGCCUCUAGCUUCUGGAACUGCGUUGGCAGGUAGCACCCACCUGAUGCUGAUGUCCGCCUCCUACACUCAUACAAUGCUCCCCCUCCCCCCUGGUGGAUCAAAGGAUGGCUUCCACUUCCAUCCUUCUGUGCUGCUGGAACAUCUGAAAGUACUGCAACGCUGUCACCUUCACAGAGUAGUGACCUAGCCUGUCGCUCUUGCUUCAGAUGUGCCGCGAUGAUGCCUGAUUGUGGCGUGCCCGCCUCCCUCGGGACGUGCAAUGCUCCACUGAUGCUUGGCUUCUCUUCCUUAGCUCUAGGCCCCCAUAGUCCCCCUUCUCUGCCCCCCUUUUCACUCUGUAAUCCCCAAACUCCAGCUGUAUAUCUGGCUUUGGGCCAUUUUUUUGAAUGAAAAAGUUCAGGUGGGUUUUUUGGACGACUAACUGACUCGAGUGUGCUUCUUGUUCAAAACUCUGCUAUUUCUUUCUAGCCAGAUCUUCCAAAGGAUUAUUAGAUUGGCAGCUUGUUGAAAUCUUUUAGCUGCAGUGAAAUCUAAGCAGACCAUUAGCUGGCCAGACUUAGGAACUGUGUUUGAUAGUUGUUAUGUGUUAGAUUAUCACUGGAAUACUAAGUAACCGACACUUUUUUGUCAGAUAUUUAAGGAACCUGACCAUACGGCAGAUGCUUCCACAUCAGAUAAUUUUGCUAUUAUCUUUCCUCUAAAAACAUAUUCUUGCAUCAGUCCUCACAAACCAGUGGGAACGUGUUAGAUACUGAGCAGUCCAUGUAGGUCGUAAUUCUGAUUCCCAUCUUUAUUUGCAGUGGUGCAUGUUUGUAGUCUUUUGUUCAGUUUGCCCUUACUCAACUCAUUUCCCGUAUUUUGAGCUUUCUAUUGCGAAACAACAACACACAUCCUUCCAAUGGUUUUCUCCUUCAUAUAAUGCCGAGGGAAAGUACGUUACGUUUGCUCGUCACAUUGCUCUUGUCCCCCUAAAAAAAGGAAAUCUCAUACCCAUGGGUAUAGCCGGUAAUUCCGAGUGGACAAACUAAGGGAUUGGUUUAGUUAGUACUCAGUACGAGAAGGCGGGCAUUGAAGGCACGGUAGAAAAAAGAAGAAAUUUCCCAAGAGAGGGGCUAGAGCUGAAACGGUGGAUUCUGUAGCUCCUAUUGCAGAGAUUAUGUCUCUUCUUCAUAGUUGAAGUUUAUACCGUGAUAUACGAGCCUGCAUCUAAAGAAACUUAGUAUUGAUAUUGUGAAGAUGAGUAAGAAAUGACCCUUUUCAUUCUAGAGUUCUGAUUUCAACUAAACUUGCUAGAUUACUUAUUUCACAGGUUUGCAUGUACCACUUAAUAACAGGACUCCAUCUAGAUUAUUUAAUUGAUCAUUCAGUUAUUAUUAGAUGAUUCAACUGAUGCACCUUGGAUUGCUGAUUUAACAGAGCAUACGUUUGAUUUCUAUGCAUACACAGAUAUGUUGUUUAUCUAAGUGAUUUUAGACAUGUUUAGACUGACAAUGUUUGGGUCUUGUUAGUCAAUAGAGUAGUUACCAUGGCAAUUGUUCUGUCAAAAUGAUGUGAAGUUUUACAUGGUACCAGAAUAGAAAAAACUCACUAUUUUCCUUUUUUGGAUAUGCCCAAACUACUGCAUUUAUGCUAUAUCUUACCUUUCAACUCUUUUUCAGAUUCACUUGGUGUUUCCACCCCCGGUCUGAUCAAUGGUUUACGGACUGAACUGCCGACUAGAAAAAUGACCCCAUCUAUGCUUAUGGUGUUCUUUCCCGUAUUUAGUAGAAGAUUUUUUUUGUAGUUCUUUCAUACAGUAUAUGAUAAGGAUAGCUCCUGUAAUUGUGUGUCCAGUUCGGCAUCCACAUGUACAUUUUUUUUCAGAGGGGAAAAAAGUGAAAACCAGUGAACACUUACCUUACCUAUAAAAAAAUAAGCCAUCUGUCUUUGAGGGUUUCCAUGUCUGGGAAAUUAGCUAUGGAGGCAUGAGGAAAAAUUCUUUGUGGUGGAUGUAUGUACAUAACAAGAAAGAUAAACUAUAUCUGCUAAGUGCUUCAUGUUUGUAUGCCCAGGAAAUGAGAUGGCAUGACCCUGUGGUAUACCCCUCUCUGUUCCUAGUUAUAAGGUGCACACGUUUUCGAGACAGGCUUUUGUUGCUUUCUGUUAUGUCCACUAGUCAUUGCCAAAAUAUAACUGAAUUUAAUGUGUAAGAUCUUAACUUGAGAUGGAGUUCUCAUGUUGCGUUAAUUCCAUUUAGAACCCCCGUGCUCGAGGUAGACAAG